CCACGUCACAAUGGCAGCGUGGGUGGAUUGACGGACGGGUGUGCAGGCUGGUUGGCUGGUACGGCGCGGCCCGGGGAUGCGCGUCCAUGUGUUGCUGCGGCUUCGGCGCCGCGCACUCAGCUCCAGCCCAGCGCCCAGUGUGACAGCCCAGCACAGCACAGCACAGCACAGGCGCUGUUAGCUAUACCGCUACUAGCACCCUCAAAGAGGGUAGGAAAAAAACCUGCAAGGAAAAAAAAGAGAGGCGUCGUCUGCAUCUGAUUCAAAAAGAGAAACCGAAUUUGGAAUCACGGCAACGACAGUGGACAAAAAUUGCAGAAGUUUAUGAGGCAAUUGUAGCCGCGAGUGAAGAAAAUAAGAAUCCGACUAAACUUUGUUGGUCCUUAACCAGGAAGAAACUUUUCUGUGGUGGGGAGGGGUGUGGGAUCUCGUUUCCUUUUUUACAUCGCAUGCUGCUGGCUUAUAUACAAGGGCUGGCGUUUGCAUCUGUGGGUGAUCUUCGUUCCACCCCGACGUCCAGUGCAAGAGCUUUUUAAACUUUCGCUGUGAUUUUUUUUUUAAACUCCAUUUUUGGAGAGGGGGGGGAAGAAACGUUUGAGGGGGAAAAAAACAUUUGUCUUAACGCUGAAAGAAAGUGGUGGAAAUGGCCCUUUCUUGGAUGUACCUGGCUGUGAGGUUUUUGGGAGUCGUGCACCUUAUUAAUUUAUUGGCUCAGAGCAGUUGGGCUCUGGUGUGCUUGCCCUGCAAUGGAUCCAAGUGCGAGGAGCCGAGGAAUUGUUCGGGGAGUAUAUUGAUGGGUUUCUGCGGCUGCUGCGCGACUUGCGCCAAGCAGCAGAACGAGACUUGCGGCGGAGUCUACGGACUGUACGGCACUUGCGACCUGGGCCUCCAGUGCGUUAUCAAACCACCUUUCAGCGGCGGCUCCAUCACCGGCUACGAAGUUGGGAUAUGCCAAGAUGAGAACUGGGAGGACGACCAGCUUCUUGGAGUUGAGCCCUGCAAUAAAAACCUAGCAACAGGCUGCAAUAUUAUCAAUGGGAAGUGCGAAUGCGAUACCAUUCGGACCUGUAAUAAUCCCUUUGGGUUUCCCGAUCGGGAAAGCUGUCUCUCAGCUCUAAAGCGGAUUGAAGAAGAGAAGCCGGAUUGCUCAAAAGCCAGAUGUGAGGUCCAGUUCUCGCCUCGCUGUCCCGAGGAUUCCAUCCUGAUCGAAGGCUAUGCCCCACCCGGCGAGUGCUGCCCGCUCCCGAGCCGCUGCAUGUGCAAUCCAGCCGACUGCCUGAGGAAAGUCUGCCAGCCCGGAUACCAGAGUAUUCUGGUUUCCAAGGCUUCAGGAAAGCCAGGGGAAUGCUGCGACCUCUAUGAAUGCAAGAAAGUCUACAAUGUGGACUGCAGCAUGGUGGAUUGUCCUGCUAGCCAGCCAGUGGACUGCCCUCCCGACAGCCAGGAGACUCCGACCCGAUUGACCACAGAUGGCUGCUGCACUCUCCCGAUACGGUGCAAGUGUUUGCUGGGAAUCUGCCUGGUCCCAAAGUGCGAGAUUGGAAUGGUGCCACGGAUCAUCUCUCCCGGGGAUGGCAUGCCCGGCAACUGCUGCGAUCGGUUUGAAUGCAUCAACGAGACAAAGCCCACCUGCAUAUUCAACGGCGUGGAGUAUUACGAUGGAAACAUGUUCCGGAUGGAUGCCUGCCGCUUCUGCAGGUGUCAAGGGGGUGUCUCCAUCUGUUUCUCAGCCCAGUGCGGUGAGCUGCACUGUGACAGAUACUACGUGCCGGAGGGAGAGUGCUGCCCCGUCUGUGAAGAUCCGAUUUACCCGAUCCACAAUCCUGCCGGUUGUUACGCUAAUGGACAGAUCCGCGCGCACGGCGACCGCUGGCGAGAAGACGACUGCACUUUCUGCCAGUGUGUCAACGGCGAGCCGCACUGCAUGGCCACAGCCUGCGGACAGAGCUGCCUGAACCCAGUGAAAAUUCCCGGAGAGUGCUGCCCCGUAUGCGAAGAGCCGACGUAUAUCACCAUCGGGCCGCCAAUCUGCGAGCUGCUGAUCAACUGCACACUGACAGAGAGGGAUUGCAUCUACGGCUUCAAGCUAGACAGCAGUGGAUGCCGCGUGUGCCUGUGCAAAACCAGAGAGGAGCUUUGUACGGGCCUGAUCUCAGGCUGUGGUUUGGACUGUCCAUUUGGCCUGCAGACUGAUGUACACGGCUGCGAAAUCUGCCAGUGUCGGGCACGACCAAAGAAGUGCAAGCCCGUUGUGUGUGACAAGUACUGCCCAUUCGGAUACACAAAGAACAAACAUGGCUGUGAUAUCUGUCGCUGCAAGAAGUGCCCUGACCGCCCGUGUGACAAGUAUUGUCCAAUGGGAUUCGAGCAGGACGUAUAUGGCUGCCUUAUCUGCAAAUGCAGAGAGAUACCCACCACCAUGAAGGCCAGCUCCUGCCUGAGCGUGGAUGGCCGCCGACACGAGAGCGGUGAGAGCUGGCACGAUGGCUGCCGGGAGUGUUACUGCAACAGCGGGCGUGAGAUGUGCGCGCUCAUCACCUGCUCUGUGCCCAACUGUGGAAACCCAGCCAUUCGCCCGGGACAGUGCUGCCCAACGUGUCCAGAGGACUUAGGACUGUGGAAGCCAGAACAAAGUGACUCGUCGAUCUGCCAUGCUCCUGGUGGAGAGUAUUACGUAGAGGGAGAGACCUGGAACAUCGACUCAUGCACGCAGUGCACCUGCCACAGUGGCCGGGUGCUGUGCGAUACUGAGGUGUGUCCACCUAUCCUCUGCCAGGAUCCCAUCAGGACCACAGACUCCUGCUGCCCGCAGUGUCCAGAUGAGCCACUUCAACCCUUGUUGCCAAGCAACAGAAGCAUACCUGGCUACUGCAGGAACGAUGAGGGCGACAUCUUCUUGGAGGCUGAAUCCUGGAAGCCGAACGUCUGCACCAGCUGCAUCUGUCUGGAGGGCAUCAUCAGCUGCUACUCAGAGUCGUGUCCAGCCGUCACUUGCCCCCGGCCCGUCCUGCGGAAGGGCCAGUGCUGCCCUUAUUGCAUCGAGGAGACCAUUCCGAGUAAAGUGGUGUGCCACUUCAAUGAGAGGACGUACGCGGAUGAGGAGCGUUGGGAUAUCGACAGCUGCACCCACUGUUACUGCCUCCAGGGCCAGACCCUUUGUUCAACGGUCAGCUGCCCACCCCUCUCCUGCCUGGAGCCUGUCUACAUGGAGGGAAGCUGCUGCCCAGUGUGUCCAGACUUGCACAUGCCGGAACCAACCAACAUUCCCAUUGAAAAAUUUGACCAGAGAGGAGAGAUUGAGGUGGAAGCACCAUUCUGGCCGACUCCCAGUGGGAACGAAAUCCCUGCCCACCUUCGGGAUGAUGAGAAUCUCCGUGUGAACGCCAUAGGUGGAGACUACCCGCGGGACAAUGAAGAUUCUGCCAUGCGUUCAGUGGCAUGGGUAGCUGUGCCUGUUAUGAUUGCCCUCAUUCUCGUCAUCGCUCUGCUGUUGGUUAACCAGAAGAAGCAGUGGAUCCCAGUGCCCUGCUACAGAGCUCCUACAAAGCCCUCGUGUCUGAACAACCAGUUGGUGUACGUGGACUGUAAGAAAGGAACCAUGGUUCAAGUAGAUAGUUCCCAGAGGAUGCUGAGAAUGGCGGACCCGGAUUCCAGACACAGUGGUUUUUACAGCAUGCCAAACACAAAGCAAAACAACUUGCAGGCGGACAGCUUCUAUCAGACGCACUGGAUCGUGUAAAGAUACUACCAGAGAUGAGGACAACCACAGCAAGCUUUUCCCAUUAUGCUCCCAGCCUCUCUGGUGGCUUCCUAAGAGUUUCUGAAGGUGAACAUAGAAGACGUUUUGUUGGACAGAGUUCCUGCUCGAUAUUGAAAGAGAAAAGAGACUGGGUUUUUGUACUUACUGGUAUGCAGAUUAGAAACUGCUUCCGUGGUAGGAAGCUUCGUAAUUAUAUAUUACUCAAGCACCUUUUUUGAAACUGAGAAAAAGGAAAUUAUGCUUUGUGAAACAUUAGCAUUAUAGGAAUAUUUAUGUUAAUAUAUAUUAUGCUAAAACAAAAGUAUUUGUACAUAUAUAUAAUUUUCUAUGUUUUCCUGUUUAAUGUAUUUAUAUCCUAGAGAGAUUUUAUCCAGUUUAAGAAAAAAUUAGCUUAACAGGCAUUCCAUUUUAGUGCUUGGUGGCUCACAGGACUCGUGGAAGGAAAGAGCAUCUCCUUUUGCCUCAGAUUUUGUGCCUUUUUGCUGAUGGCCUCAGCAUUCCUCUCACUAUUUCUGAUUUCAUGCUACAAAGGGCUUUAAAGAUCGCACAUUGGGUCUCACAGUUAUCCAUAAUACAAUGCCAAUGUGUGCCGAUCUUGAUUAUUUUAUCCCUGUUUUAUUUUGUCCCGCCAUUGCAGCAUACACAAAUCCGUGCAGCUUGUCUGUCCAUCUGUUGUCCGAUCCCUGGUCAUGUUCACAUUGGGGAUAUCACGUACUGGGCCACAUGAUUUCAGGUUCUCGUUAUAAACAGUGUGCUUUGCGUUUGCUUCUUCCUUUUGCCUUCCCCUGUGGAAGUUUGUCAAAGAGCCUCCAUCUUCCAGAUCCUUCUGGGAACUCCAGACUUUGGCUUCAUCAAAAAUAAAAUGUCUUGUUGGCUCAGUGAAGGGAUGCACAUCCUGGAGAGACAGUCAGUCCACAGAACAAGAAGAUUGUUGAUUCAGAACCCAGGUCAUACUUGAGCUGGUCCCUCUUGGAUAGAGUGAUAGGAGGGACAGUACAAUAGGUACACGGUCCACAGGUUGGGAAUGCAGAUUUCGGGUGAUGAGCAGGCUGUGGGAAUUCAGUCAACUAGGCUGCCUGCCUCUGAUCAAUUUCCUAACUGAGCAAAGAACAUGCAUGGAAUUGGGGGUCAGGUUUUACUCUGGCGAUACCUUUUCAGGCUCAACAUGCCAUUUUCCAAGCACCUGUGAAGAAUGAACACCCUGAACAGACACCAAGAGCAAACAUUAGACAUGGUCCAUGGACCAUGGACGAAGGGGCAACAGGAUGGAGAGAGGUGGGAAAGAAACAGCAAUAAAGACAAAAAUAGUUAAUCAGAUUGCCCAAGGUUGUGAGAUCAGCCCUGAGUGAACACCUCACUUUCUUGCUCCCUGCUCUGAAUUUGCAGCCCCCCCUAAAUCCCUCAUUCCACAUAUACAUACUGAACUAUGUUCAUAGCUUCCUCAUUUAACUUGCCAUCUGCAAUUACAUUGCUGUAAUAUUUUCUAACCAUUUCCCUUGAUCUAUCCCAGUAAAUCUGUUACCCCAACACCAAGCCAUCUUUGACCCCCCCCCCCCCCAUACUCCUUAUUUAAGCCAAAGACGGUGGUUCUGAUCCUGUGGUGUUCAUCCUCAAUCUGCAUCUGAAUUCUAACAUUCUAGCAUAGCCUCCACCAACACACCCUCAAUCCCAUAUCUGCCAGGCAAGUCCUUCAAUCAGCAGAUCUAAUUGCAUCAUGUGAAGUGACCUGUCAAAACCACUCACACCUUCAGGAUGGCCUUGAAACCCCAAAAAUAGCUGUCUUGCCUCUGAUUCUUUUCACCAGUUAAUUGCCACCGUAAACUCCUUCCCUUUUCAUCUCCAACAGCAUAUGCAACGUGAUGAACUUAUUUUAUCAAUAAGAUCAGGACUAUCCCCUCAGUUGUGUCUUUUGCCUGACACACUGCCACCCCCUCUCCUCCUCCACCUUCUCUUGCUCAUAAUCCCCAGGCGACCCCUGAAAUCAUGCCUUCUUUGAGUUCCAUAUAUCUUUAUGCAUGUUCCUAGCUUGUCUGUGGAACCCAGAUCCUUCCCUCAUGGUUUCUUUGCUUUCCAUACAAAUCCUAUGCUAACCUGAUAAAAGGUUCCCUCAUCAGGUUUUCUUUCCCUCUCUUUUGCAACUGUCAUAAACAACCAAUUCAAAACAAACACUACUUAGUUCCUCUAUCUUAGCACAUGAUCGCAUCUCCACUUUCUUCAAACCCUUUGCUGCCUCCAAGUCCCAAAUUCCAAUCUCCUCAAUUGGGUCUUAUUUCCUGCUAUAGCCAUUUGCACAACCUCUGGCAACCUUUACAUAAUCCCAUCCUUAAAGCUGAUCUCUCUGGCCAAACUUUAGCUUAUCUUACUUUGGCUCAGUGUUGGUUGUUGUCUGAUUGUGUUCCUGUGCAGUGCCAAGGGACCUCAUUGCUGUACAAAUGCAUGUUAUUGUCAAGAGGUGGGGAUAGUGUGAGGUGGUAUUCUCUCUCAUGCAGUUUGUAUCAUGGGUAAUUGUGACGAACUGCAGAAGACUUUGAAGGCAUCGCAGAGACGGAAUUUCUGGAGAGCUGGAGGGAGAGACAAGAACAAAGAUUUUAUGUUUCCUGUUGCUGAAGAGUUACUAACAAAAGAACUACUGGAAUGCUGGCAUUGAUAAGCUGGACUUUUUCUUUGUAGUAAGCCUCUUAGUGGUUAUAACUUACUAAAUAUAUAAAAAAAUUGACAGGUCUUGGCACUUUUGUACUAAUUACCCCUUUUUGUGUAAUAACCUUUUUAAAGUGCUUUCACGAGGGAAUCCAUUACCCAUUUUGCUUUAAUGUGAAAACAUUUGUACUUUUGUUUCGUAGUGGAAUUCCCAAGUAUUGUUGUAGAUACUUGGGCUCAGAGCUUGUUAAACUUUAGGCUGAAAAAAAUCUAAUUUAUUGUUUGCCCUAAUUUAUUAAUCUGGAGAUUAAUGAAAAGUUAGAACAUUGCAAGAUGUACGUUUUUUUUUUUGCGUUAUUUGUACGGGAGAAAAAGAAAGGUGAUCUGGUUUAAGUAAGGGUCGAGAUUUUCUUAUCUAUGUGACCUUUUUCUUUUCUAUUUUCCCACAAAGUUACUUCAUGAGACCUUUCUUAGCUGCUGUCUCUUGCUCCCCUCUUCCCCACCUUACCCUUCCCCAUCCCUUGUGUACAGGAAUUGGAUCGUUCCUGUCUGGCUCAAAAAAGUUAUGUUCUGUCAAGACCGAUUGCUCAUUGCUUUCCCAACCAAAAGACUUAAGUUGAGAAGUGUUUUUUUUAAACAGGUAUCGUUCACUGCUUGUUUUUAUUUUGUGAUUGUGGUUGUGUUCUGGUGAGAAAAAAGAAAGAAGAUACAGGACAUUGGAAUAAGAUGCUUUUUACAACAAAAAAAACUGAGAAGGAGAAAAACAAGAUAGCUGUCCACUCCGUCCUGUAUCUGACAUUCUUGUACUUUGGUUACUGUUGUGCUAAUGUAAAAUAAUGCAAAAUAUUUCUAAAAUAGAUGCGUAUGUGGCACUUGGAGUGUUCUGCAGUUUGCUUGUUUACUUUUUUUUUAAAUGUAAGGCAUUUUUUUCAUGUACAUUUGCUCUUGACAGCACAAUAAACAAUGUUAAACCUCA